GUGUUGUUUACCUCUUGCUUCCCUCUCCAUUCUUCUUCCAUUCUACAACAACCAUCCAUCUGCAGCGCCUCUUCAACGUUCAUCACAACGCUUGCAAGAUCUUCAAGUUUUGGUUUCCCGUUUGCAUACAUCACCUAGAAAGUUCUUCAAUCGUUUCCGUCAACACAAUGUCUUCGUCGACUGCUCUUCUUCCCAAGGACCGCAAGAAGGAUGAUCAUCCCAUCUUCCUUCGCGUCUGCCAUUCGCCAUGGAGUGGCAUCGGUCAGAAGGCGCUUGUUGGUCUGAGAGGUCUCGCCGCUGCAUACAUGCUCGCCAGCUUCGCUUUGAUCAUCAACUACGAGCUCCAACACCUCAAGCAUGACUGGUUGACAAUCUUCGAAUUCUCCAAUGUCCAAUACUUGCUUCAAGUCAUGUACCAUGUCAUCGCAUUCACUUGGACCUUCAUGCACCUUCACUAUCCUCAUCACGGCAGCCAGGAACAAACAUUUGCAACCCAAGUUCAAAAAUUCUUGUCGCCACCCCGACAACACGCCACUACUAAGAAUCGCACAUGGUUCAGCAUCUUCUACUCUGCUGCCAAUGCUUUCCCAUUCACAUCUACACUCAUCCAUUGGGCUGUCAUGAUCCCCUCGAAGAAGACAUCAAUUCCAGCUGAUCAGAUUUUCAAUCACGGCUGGCACACCACUUUCUUUGUCCUCAAUAAGUGGGGUGUCAGCUCUUUGCUAUCAUUCAUCGAAGUUCUGUUCUUCUCCAGCAUCAGAUGCCCUGAGCCUGUCGGUGCCCACGUUGCUGGUCUAGGCGCCCUCUCCUUCAUCUAUGUUGGGUGGCAAUACGUUGGCUAUAUCGUCUCGGACAAAUUUGCCUACUUCUUCUUCGAUCACAAGCAGGUCGGCUGGGAGUAUGUCAUCGCUUCGUGGUUCUUCUUCGCCAUCGUCAACAAUAUUUCUUACUUUUUCGUCUACGGUGUCACUGCUGUUCGUCAACAACUGACUAAGAAGGGCGAUGGCAAGAAGAGUGGCUAUCAGCAGCUUCCUCAAUAGCUCUCACGAUACAACAGGCCAUCUUGGCCACUGGGUUACUAAUGCAGAUGACGUUGGUUUGUUGAGUGUGUUUCUUUCGGAGACGUGUUUAUAGACUGGUCCGUAUUCUUUGUUAGUCGGAAUGAUUCUUUGUGGCAGUAGCGGUCAGUCGGAUGUGGCCGUAUUUCGGACUCGAGGCUUCACUUCUGUAUUUUUACUUCACCUGAGGAUCAUUCCUCAAGCUCUUACUCCU